UCGCUUAACAUCAUGUACCCAAUGAUGCGUUUCACAUUGUUAUGUUAUUUUCUAAUUUUGGGCGUUGUGAAGGGCGAAGCAAGAAUGCUGCCAGCAAGAGAUCAAGAGAUAAUUAAUGAAUUAAAGACGCUUGGCGACAAUCUUCUUAAUGAGACUUUAAAUUCGGAAUUGAACAGCAGAAUAACUGUGGCCCAAUUGAUAAUAGAUUCUAAUGUUGCACAACCAUCUGUCAUAGAAGGAAUGCAAGCAUUUAUAACCCAAUGGCGUCCACUCCUGUCCCGUGUGAGUGUAGAAGAUUAUGGAAGAUUUAGUGUCGAAUUUCCAGUUGCAUUGGAGCUUGAGGUUAUGGCCAAGUACAAAGAUGAGGACGGUGGACUAAACUACUAUACCAGGGGUGCCUUUAGUGCCAUAAAAGUCAAGGCUGCAACUGAGGAUAGACAACGUCUGACUGCAUACAAGGACACUGCCGUUCUGAAGAUGGCCGAAGUGAGCCAGGACACAAAACAAGCCAAUUAUUCUUUGAUGAAUGCAUUUGACGACUUUGUUAAUCAAACAAAUUUAAGUGUUCGAAAUUUCUUUACUUUUUUAAGAGCACUUAGAGAGUAUUAGACAAUAAGAGCGACUCAUAUCAGUGCCUAUUCAAUGUAUAACCAAUAAUUUGAUUGAAAAUAAAAAUUUAAAUUUCAGUUACAUUA